UAAGCAAUAGCAACAUAGCUGUAUUUAAGGACCAACAUUGCAUUGGGUGUGACAGUUGUGGCAGUUAUCACCACUACCAACAUGCAAGUUUUGAGAUGGCCAGAAUGUUCUGAUAUUAUUCACAAUGAGAUAAUAUUUUUAUUUCAAAAAACAGCUCUGGUGUAGAUUUGGCAGCUCUACUCAAAAUUAUUUACUUUAUGGUUAUAAAAGUAAACAGGACAAAUAGAUAAAACAAAGCAAAUCAGCUAGUUAAACUUCCUAGUGCCAUCUUUCGUCUCAAUUGCAUGUUAUAUUUAUUUCAAUGUAAAAUUUACAUUUCUAGGGCCAAUUUUAUGAUUAAAAUAGCUUCAAAACUUACUGAAUUUCCACAGAAGUAGCUAUAUUGCCUGCUUGGAAACAUUGCUCAUGUAUCAAUUUAAUUAAUCAAAAAGUAGAAGCGUUAUUUAGGAAAAAUUCUUGAAAAAAUUAACAUAGAGGACAUGUGGCGGAGGGCAAUAUUUUUUUAAAAAAUCUACGAAAUAUUUGCUGCAUAUUCUGAGUUCUAGUGCCAGUGAGAUAGGUAUUAUGAUAGAUCAUACUCUGAAGUUGGGUACAUACAACCAUGAAGUGUUUCCAGUGGAAAGGAAAGUAUUAGUGAUUUAUAUACAUAGUCGUUAGCCGGUGGCAAAUCCACGGGUUCGCCCGUCCUUUUUAUACCGCAUUGCGUUCUUCUCGCUAUUGCGCAGCUAAGCUACCAUUUUGCGUGACAGACAGACAGACGUAUAUGGGCAUUAUAAUAUAGAUAUUUUGUGGUUAAAAAAAUCACAUAAUUUAUAAGGGUUAUUUUCAGAAUGCAUACUGUUUUCAGACCAUUUGUCCAUGUUUUUUAGUCGUAAUACUAUUGUUCACCAAUAAUAUUCAGUUUCAACAAUUGCUCUUUAAGGGAACGUUAUGAAAGAUGGAGGAAAGGGAAGAUCAGACACAGACUGUUCCUUUAAACAAUAUUGAAGAUAAUGCAACCAAUACUUUACAGCAAUCUGAUGAAGAAGAUAAUGAAUUACAAUUUAAAUAUGCAAUGUGUAAAUAUUGCAAGGGGAUUAUUUCAAGAUUAGCAAAGAAGAGUGCCAUCCAUUGUUCUAAAGUCUGCAUAGAAACCAACAAAGUGGUUCCAAACGAUUCGGCUGAUUCUGGUACUAGUGAAGGAAAAGGAUCUUUUUCCGGUAAAGAUUUAAGCUAUUAUCUUGAAGUUAUCAAGGAAAAAGCUGCUCCACCAUCUUCUUUCUUUCAGAUCACAGAGAAUGUCGAUGGACUGGAACCAGGAAUGAAACUCGAAGCUAUUGAUAUAAAUAAUCCAGUUAAUUACUGUGUCGCAACAGUAAUAAAAAUUAUUGGACAUCGACUUCGCAUACGUUAUGAUGGCUUUGGUGCUGAAUCAAAAUACGACUUCUGGUGUAACUUCCAAGCUGAGGAGUUAUUUCCAAUUGGUUGGUGUGCUAGUAAAGGCUACCCUCUUCAGCCACCUAAAGGUAUUGAUGGCACGUCAGCAGAAUGGAAAGCAUUUCUAACCAGAACUCUUACUGGUGCUCUGGCUGCUCCGAUGAGUUUAUUUAGAAAGCCUGAGUUAAGAAGACAAUUGCGUUGUCAUCCUUACUUGCAUGGCAACAAAGUCGAAGUUAUACACCCAAAAAGAUCUGAUCUUAUUGUUCCUGGUACAAUUACAAAAUCACUUGGUCCAUACUACUUUUUGGUAUCAAGUGACCCUUUACCUGGUUUACCAAGCUAUAUGUUUUAUGGCUAUGCUGAUUGUCCAAAUGUAUAUCCUGUCGGUUGGUGUGAGUCCAGAGGAUUAGAACUAUUUAUUCCUCCAAAAGAUUCUUCACAAGAUUUAAAGAUGAUUAGAAGACUGGAUAAUUUGGUGGAAAUGACCAGUCAUGGUGGAAAGAGAAACAAGUUAAAUCCAUUGAAAAUAGGUUAUAAAGUAGAAGCAAUGGAUAGUAAUGUUGUACGGAUUGCAACAGUUGCCGAAGUGUUUGGACGUGUUGCAAUGUUGUCUUUUGAUGGUACAAACAGAAAAAAGUUCAUUGACAAAUGUGCAACAGAUGUCUUUCCAGUUGGCUGGUGUGAACGUACAGAAAUUGUGUUGCUAACUCCAUAUGGUCCAAUUAACUUUCAAAAGCCUCCACCUGAAGUUAAAAAGAAAAAACGCCAUGAUGAUAUCAGUUCAGCAUCAUUCACUUCAUUCCAGGAAUUAACUGUGCCAAUAUCACCAGUAAUAACAGCAUCUAACCAUGAUGAAGGAGAUGCAUCUGUUUCGACAACACACCAUUCUCUAGCCUCUCCAUCAUUGGUACAACCACCACCCAUACCAAACUUAUCGUCAAUGUCAUCAAAAGAAACAAAAAUGGAAUCGGAUUGUCACAGUAUGGAACCAACUGCAGCAGACAUGGAUUUGGAUGUACCCUUUUCUCCAAAAAGCCCUUUAAAUAAUGACAAACAAAAACAUGACAUGGAGAAGUUUGUUGUUUGGUUACUGAACAAUUUUGAGUAUACUUCAAGUGAUGCACAUUGCAUUGUGAAGCCUGAUUUGGUGGACAACUUUGUAAAAAACACAAACAUCAAAUUAUCACCCCGCUGGUUUGCGUUGAUUUACAAACUCUUUCCUGGUGUUUGCACUGUAAGAAGAUCUGUUGAUGGAAAGUUUGUUAAUGGCAUUCGAAACUUAAAAAAGAGUAAAGAAAAAGUGGGCGAUCAAAUCUUUGUGAAAAAUGCUGUCAGUUUUGUUCAGUCAGAAGGUCUACCAGUGCUGCUACAUGAGGACAAGCUUGUAAUAUACAUGGGUAUCGGUGAUCACUACAUCCUCCCUGAAGACACACGACAGCUGUUUGAAACUUCUAAAGCAAAAGCAAACUCGAAUGUUUUGGUUAUAUCAUGUGACGUUAGCAAAAGCGACUUCCUUGCGUCGAAUUUUUCAUUCUGUUUCGAAACUUCUCCCUGUCAACCUCCACUUCAGCAAAUCACCACCAUGGCUGAGUUUCGAGCAUCGAUCAAACUCAGCAGGAACGCCAAGUUGUGCAAGGGAAUUCAAAUUGUACCGAAAGCCGAUAACACCCCACCUAACUUUCGCCAUGGUAAGAUGAUAAAGAACGGCCGUCUUUUCUCGAGUGCUUGCAACAUGUUAGCGUAUCCACACAAAGGAGAUGUUUGUGUGUUCUGUAAAAAUAUUCGCUGCAACAACAGAAGUUCUAUAGCUUCGAAUAGUUCAGUAGCUUCACAAGAGCACGAUUCUAUGGAAAGUUCCGAUAAAACAAAGGAAGUUCAUGAUGAAAGCGGAAAAGAAGAUGAUAAUCUACCUUCACCAGAUAUUAAGAUUUAUUUUAACAAGACGUGUUAUCCCGGAAUUUACCUGGAUCCAGCUAAAGUGGCAAAGAUAAGCGAGUCCACGCAUCUCGAACGACCUGCCCAGACGUUAAAGAGUUUGAUUGAGCGGCUGAUUGAAGUAUCGUUGAGCAAAGAGAAGUUGUUGGAAAUUAUUGAAGCUGGCUUUGGCGUGAGAAUUUUUAAUAAAGCAAAGAAUAAGGUUGUCAAAAAGGGUUUGUUUCGUUACAACACUCGAAGAAAAGUGAUGCGUUUUUUAAAACGUUUGACAAAACGUUUAAACUGUUGUGAGUUUUUUCUCGGCAUCGACCAGAGAGAUUGUACGGCUAACUGCAGAAAGUCAACACAAACAAAAAAUGAUGGAGCUGUUGAGAAACGUACAGUCACUAGUCCAGUAUCAAUGCCUUCCCGCUCCUCUGUCGUGACCAGUAGCAAGCCACCAGUUCUUAACGCUCUUCCUCCUGGUAAUUUGCAAGUACUGUACCAACUACCAGUGGUUACUACCCCGAAGCCACCUACACCUGGAACGCCACGUAUAGUUGUGCAGCCACCUUCAGACGGUGGCAAUUUGAACCCUCAAAAUAGGUUCCCUCAUGGAACUCAGUUUUUUCUUCCAUCGAGUGGAAGCAAUUUGACGUACAUGGUUAUGACAAAGGAAAAUGCUGUCUCGUCUCCCCGUGCACCUGUCAAUGCCUCCUCAGGAAUCUUCCAACAUCAUCCCCAAACAGUAGUCACCAGUCCUCCAAGUGGUGUAACUCAGAUGAUGGCAAACGUGGCGAAGACUAGUCUCGUUUCGGAUAUUGACGAACCGGCGAAUACUUCUCUCAAUCAAACAUCACAGAUUUCUAUUGUGAAAAGCAGUGGCCAGGCAUGUCAGCAGAUAUUGGUGAAAAAAUCUCUUCCUUAUGAUAGCACUGAAUCCCAUUAUGACCAAACGUCAGACGGACAAAACAUCCGUCAGCCGGGACACGAAAAUCACGGCAUAUUCUCGAUGCACAACCCUAUUGUGAAAGAUCCUCCUCCUUACCACGACGCUGCUAGAAGCUAUGCAACACCGUAUUCGCGUGUUCAAACGAUGAACACCUACGGAAGUGAACAUCAUACUUCACGUCCAACGGGAGAAAAACCUCAACAAAUCCAUGUGCACAAAGUUCAUCACGGCAAUGCUAGGGUAAAAUACGUCGAGUUUAAGCCUGCUCAAGACGGCGGUCCACUCAAGCAACAGAUCGUUGAUACAUCUCACGGUUACGCAACCAAACAAACUGUUUACUAUCCUCCGCAUCCUUCUAAUCAAUCGAACCGUCAUCUCAGUGUUCAUGCUCCUGGUGUAUCACCACGUAGUCCGUUACAUAGUCCACCAGCACUGCGCCCUCCACCCACUGUACCCUCUAGGUCGAUGGCACUAUCCAGUCCUCCUUCACUGGUUCCUUCUCCAGGUUUUGAAUUUGUGAAUAGUAACAUGCAAGCAAAUAACCCUACCAGUAGCGUUGUUAGUCCUGCACAAGUGACCAACAUGAACCACCCUAAGAUUGUUCAAAGCGGAAAGGCAUUUCAUUUAGUUGGCAAUCAAAACAUAAAUCUACCUCGAAUUCCACCAACAUAUCAGAUUGGUCAGCACAACCAAGUAAAUAUGAUACCACGUAAUAAGCCGACGACUUAUCAGUUUGUGCGUACCCCAACGCCUGACAGUCCUACUCCACAGGGACGAACCUCGGGUGUUGUGACGUCAACGGCGGCCACGACAACGGUUACCGUGACAAUGACGUAUAUACCGAUACAAACAUCCACAAAAGAUAAAUUCGUGUAUGUACCUGUCAACUCUCUGCAAAGUGGGCCAGGUCAGCCAGUUGUGUUGUAUCAACAAAAUCAACAAAUAAAAGACGCGAAUGGUAAACCCGUUCUCAUACCUCAACAUUUAAUACAAAACCUUGAAAAAAACGUUCCUUCCAAAGCUCAAAAUUCCUCGUUCACUACUGUGCGUAUACAAGGUACGCAACAAGGGAAUUUCCCCAACGGGGCAUCCACUCCUACGGCAGCGACGACUGUUCCAUUAAAAACUCUCAGAUAUCAGUUUGGCAGUAACAUGAGUCCAGUGGUGAGCAAUGCUGUUAUGCCGCAAAGCCCAUCACCGGCGAGUCGCGCUGAUUCCAAAGACACUCACACUUUUAACAGUGCGCAUAAUGAAAGCAUUAAGAGGGAGGAGAGUGGUCGCAGUCGUGUCAAGACAGAGAAUCAGGGAGAAAUUAUGUCUAUUAUCAACAAUCAAUUACGGAUGGUUCCGCCCAACGUGGGUGUCCAACAGCAAGUAACAACUCCACAUCAAACUGCAGGUGUAAAGAGGAACAAUUUAGGCCUGCCACUAGUUAGUAAAAGUCAUGCGCAGUCGAUGUCUGUAGAUUCGUCACCUUUAACUUCACAAAACCAAGACAACGAAAAUAUGGAUGCUAGAGCGAAGAAAAGAAGAGGAAGACCUCCAGCAACCAAGUUAACUACAAAGCAAGAACAUGUUGCAAGAUCGAAACUUCAAAUGAUACAAGUCAAUCCUUUAACUCCGUCUUCUUCUGUUAAUCCUAUCACACUGGCAAAUAGAGUACUCACUGAAACCUUCUACAAAAAACAGCAACAAUUGCAAAAUCGAGUGAACUUCUUGCAUGAACCAUUGUUAAAAUUACCUGAACUCCCUACGAACCCUGAACUGUGGUCAUCAGAUGAUGUGUAUCGGUUUUUGAGCGAAACAGAUUGCGCUUUAUAUGCUAAUGUGCUGAAGAACGAGGAGAUCGACGGGAAAUCAUUUCUGCUAAUGACUCGUGAAGCUUUAAUGGAAUUCACGGGAUUAAAAUUGGGACCAGCCUUAAAAAUAUCUGGUCAUGCUGCGUAUCUGCGUGCUCGUCAUCGCAUGCAAACUAUGCCGUCAAACGGUUUGCAGCACCAGUCGCCUCACAUACAGGAGAAAAAAAUGGACGAAAAAAGAGAGCGAAAAUCAUACAAGAUUAAACUUAAUGAUACGGUUGCCGAGAAUAAUGCAUCGAUCGUAGAAGAUAUGGAAGUGUGCGAUAGCACUUUACCGGAACCGGAAAAAUCUGAACCUUUGGUAUCAAAGGUUUUAAGUGAGGAUGUUGUAGGCAUAAAUCAAGAAGAUGAGAGGGCAGUCGAGAAGAACCCAAUCAAUUCAGUACCUGAAGAUAUGAGGACCGUCGAGAAAAACCCAAUCAGCUUAGUACCCGAAGUUAUGACGACAGUCGAGAAGAACCUAACCAAUUCAGUACCUGAAGUUAUGAGGACAGUCGAAAAAAACGCAAUCAAUUCAGUACCUGAAGGUAUGACGGCAGUCGUGAAAAACCCAACCAAUUCAGUACCUGAAGUUAUGACGACAGUCCAGAAAAACCCAACCAAUUCAGUACCUGAAAGUAUGACGACAGUCGAGAAAAACGCAAUCAAUUUAGUAUCUACAGAGAGCAAGAAGACCGAUCCUACUGUCAUGGAAAUAAAGAAAGUUGAGAGAGAUAACGUUGCACUAAUAACUAAUAACAUUAAACAACAAGAAAGUAAUUUUCAUGAAAGGGAUAAAGAAAGUUUAAAUGUGACGCAAGCUGAUGCUCACUUUGGUCAUGAAAGGACGUGCGUUUAAUGAAAUCGUUGUGUUUUUUAUGAGAAUGGACACGAAUAGUAAGCAAAUAUACUGGUUUAACGAGAGGUUUUAAAAUUUGGAUCUUGUUCUUGUUAAAAAAAGAAAAUUUCUUAACUAUUAUCAUCUUAAGAAAAUUCUUUAUUUUUUUGUGACUCGUGAAUGAAAUGUUGUAUGGUAUAUAAGUUUUGUGUUUGCAGUAAAUAUUGUUUCUUACAAAAAAGAUACCUAUCUGCUGUUAGUAAUAAAAUAUGAAACUUAUUAUGUUAAGAUUUAACAAAGUCUUUCCAGCACAAUGGCUCUCGCAAAUAAAUGACCGGACAUAUUUUAUACUGAACUGAGUUUAGUUCAAACUGAGAAUCCACUUGACUCGAGUUGGGACAAGACCAUAUUUUUUUUUUUCACUUUUCACUUUAAUUUUUAUUUCUUUGGUUGCAUGCCAAUUAAUUGAAACAGAUCAUCGUAUGGGCGUGUUAACUAGGAGAAUCAGAUGAUAAAUCUCAACGCCAAGUAUGUGCGCGUGUAAACUAGCCCUUAAUAUGUGCGCGUGAAAACUAGACCUUAAUAUUACCACGAGAUAAUGGCACAGGCUUGAGAUAGCUUUGUUAAAUUUAGGGAAACCUAUGAAUUUUUAAAAUCUUCAGGCAACUCAAAAUAAUUUUUCUGUGUUGUAUAUAUAUAUACACGUGCAUACUAUAUGUAGACUAUAUAAAUGGGUAUGUAGGCUAUAUAUUUGACUAUGUUCAGUGGAAGAUAUUGCUUGUUCGGUUAUAA